CCGCGAUGAACCGCGGCGGCAGCAGCCCGUCGGCCGCCGCCAGCUACCUGCUCUGUACCAACUGCCGGAAAGUGCUGCGGAAGGAUAAAAGAAUCAGAGUAUCUCAACCCUUGACAAGAGGACCAAGUGCCUUUAUUCCAGAGAAGGAAGUUGUCCAGGCAAACACAGUGGAUGAACGUACUAACUUUCUUGUGGAAGAAUACUCUACAUCCGGUCGCUUGGACAACAUCACCCAGGUCAUGAGCCUGCACACGCAGUACCUGGAGUCCUUCCUGAGGAGCCAGUUCUACAUGCUGCGCAUGGAUGGCCCCCUCCCUCUACCGCACCGGCACUACAUCGCCAUCAUGGCUGCAGCUAGACAUCAGUGUUCUUACUUAAUAAACAUGCAUGUGGAUGAAUUUUUAAAGACAGGAGGUAUUGCUGAAUGGUUGAAUGGUUUGGAAUAUGUACCACAAAGACUGAAAAAUCUUAAUGAAAUAAACAAGCUGUUAGCACACCGACCCUGGCUGAUCACAAAAGAGCACAUUCAGAAACUUGUCAAAACUGGAGAAAAUAAUUGGUCUCUGCCUGAACUGGUACAUGCUGUGGUCCUACUGGCUCAUUAUCAUGCUUUGGCAAGCUUUGUUUUUGGUAGUGGCAUCAAUCCAGAAAGAGAUCCAGAAAUCUCCAAUGGACUCAGGCUAAUACCAGUCAACAAUUUCUGUGUGUGUGAUCUCGCUAAUGACAACAACAUAGAGAAUGCAUCCCUUACAGGCAGCAACUUCGGGAUUGUCGAUUCUCUAAGUGAGCUAGAGGCCUUAAUGGAAAGAAUGAAAAGGCUUCAAGAAGAAAGGGAAGAUGAAGAGGCAUCUCAGGAAGAAAUGACCACUCGCUUUGAAAAGGAGAAGAAAGAAAGUCUUUUUGUGGUCUCUGGAGAUACUUUUCAUUCAUUUCCUCAUUCAGAUUUUGAGGAUGACAUGAUUAUAACAUCUGAUGUCUCCCGAUAUAUUGAAGACCCUGGUUUUGGAUAUGAAGACUUUGCCAGACGAGGGGAGGAACAUUUGCCAACUUUCCGAGCUCAGGACUAUACCUGGGAAAAUCAUGGGUUCUCCCUGGUGAACAGACUUUAUUCUGAUAUUGGACAUCUUCUUGAUGAGAAGUUCCGCAUGGUCUACAAUCUCACCUAUAACACUAUGGCCACCCAUGAGGACGUGGACACAACCAUGCUGCGUAGAGCUUUAUUUAACUACGUUCACUGUAUGUUUGGAAUCAGGUAUGAUGACUAUGAUUAUGGAGAAGUUAAUCAGUUACUUGAACGAAGCCUGAAGGUUUACAUUAAGACAGUGACCUGCUAUCCUGAGAGGACUACCAAGCGCAUGUAUGAUAGUUACUGGCGUCAGUUCAAACACUCAGAAAAGGUUCAUGUCAAUUUACUUCUAAUGGAAGCACGGAUGCAAGCUGAGCUUCUCUAUGCUCUUCGUGCCAUAACUCGGCAUUUGACCUGAAGCAUCGCCCAGGGAAGAUACCAUAUAUGUGUAAAGACCUUUUCACAUAGGAUAUACAUCUGAAGCUGUUUGUGAUGUAGCAUCAAACAUUAUUCAAUUCUCUAGUGUCAAAGUUUUAGCCGUUUUUGGGGGCGGCUGUAAUGUGCAAUGAUGUGUUUUCUUUUCCUUGAUGCUUAACAUGACUAACAAUUGCAAAAAUAAUACUGAGGAGCACUACUUGGCAUUGUUUGUAGUUGGGUUUUUGGAUACUGAUCAUAAAUCAUGAACCUGGUUAGUUAAUGCUUAACUUCAGUGCUUUGGGGUUUGUGUGUAUGUGUAUUUUUGUUCUUUCCUUUUUUUUUUUAAAUAAGGAAAAGCGCUUACAAUCUGCUCGAGCAAUUGUUUUUCAGAUAUCAGAAUUCAGCAAUGAAUGACCUCCUCUGGCCAUUCUAGAAUUUUAAGGUUGUGUCCUACACCUGGUGGAGGAGAAGCAUGCGCUGUUGAACUAAGCUGCUCACAGGACACGUAUCUGUGUCUCCAGGAGUUUAUUUGUCAGGCACUGUUUAUUUUUUUUAUUUGUUUUUUUUUUUUUUUACUGCUAUUGGCGAUAACAUGAAAUGUGAUACAGCCAUUGUCCAUAAUUUAAUGUGAAAUUGAUCAUGAUGAAUUCUAUAGCAUGCUACUGAAAUGCCAAAUUCAGCUAGUUUCUUUCUCUUCUGAAACAGAAGCUUCCGUUUUCCAUAUCAGAUGUAUAUAUUCAAAGUGGAAUUAUGCACACUCCUUUCUAUCACUGAUAGUAAUCCUCAGUCAUCAGAGUAAUCAGUGCUCACAGGACUGCUUACAGUUCAUUUAGUUGGCACAUAUAAACAUGUACCCACACAAGACUGACCAAAAAUUUUCUUUGCACAUUUUUCUUUUCUCAUAGUGUUUUCUAUAUUUCAGUAAGCAGAGGAAGGUUAAUAUGCCUAUAUUUUUUUCCUGUUAGGCUUCUAGAACUUACUUUCCACGGUUUUUCUUAUGAUAGGUUAAACAGUUGAUUAUUCAAAGGUAAAAAUUGUGUUUCUAUGCAUUAAUGUGAUUGAACAACAACAACACAAGAGUGCAAUAUGUAAAAAAAAAAGAGAGAGAGAGAGAAAAAGACUCAACAAACUUCCCCCUAUUAUGUAUGUCACUGCAGAAGUGUCCUUUUACCACAGAGCUAUAAAGAAAUCUAGUUUAGAUUUCUUUAUUGCACAAGGCUCUUGCCUUCCUGGUGUUGAACAAUGUUCCUUUUACAAUGCCAAAGCAUCCCCAUUCCCAGAACAAUCUCUUUGGACAACUGGUUUAAAAAAGAUCUCAAGUCUUAAGGGAGGAAAAAGCAUCCCAAAAGUCACAUUUUUGCAUUGGUUUAUGUUGCUUGAUUAGACUAUCUUCACAGAGCACAAUGUUGUAUAUUUAUAGCUUUAAUUUGUAUUAUGUUAAUGAACCAGUGAAGUGCCUAAAGAGAUGCUCACAGCUAUCCGGUAGGACACGACUGCACUGCUUAAACACUUUUUGGUUAACUAAGGGUGACUUGAAUUUUACACAAACAUGCUAAUUUUUUUAAAAAAUCCAUUUUUUUCACAGUAAAGAAGAUAGUUAAAUUUUUCCAUUAGCAUUCCCACAAAGAUUGCAUUUUAGACUUACUUGUUAUCUAGGACUUAACUUUUUCUUUCCUCUCAUGAAAGAAUUGUGGGCUAGUGUUCUCGUCAAUCAUUUUCCCCUUCCAUUUAUCAUCCUUUUCUGGUACAAUCCACUAGGUUGCUCUCUGUUAGGCUUUGUUCUAGGUAAGAAAAUAGAAAGAUGACUGUACACCUAUGAAUAUAAGGUAAUUCUGCAUUUUUAGAUUCCAGGAUCUUGUUUGAAAUCUUCCAUGUGAGGAAAAAAACUGCUAAUAUUUUUAAAGACAGGAUGGUUUAUUUAAAAAGAUUAUUCAAAGAACUCAUGCCAGAUCGAGUCUGUUUUGUUUAUUGCAUAUACCAUAUGUUGAUGUUAUUCCAUAUCACAUUAUAUAGAUAGGUACUAACCACAAAGAAAAUAUUUAGGGGAAUGGCAAAAUGUGAAUGACAACAUGCAUGUCCAUUUGACUUCCCUAAUAUUAGAACUUUCAAGUUGAGGAUACCCUUUACUCUUGACAUUUUGUUUUUUUAACUAGAAUUCUUUCAGUUAAUAUCCCUAUGUUUUUGUGCAGGUGACCUGUAUUAGAGGUUGAAAAUAAUUUAUAUAUUAAAAAGGAGGAAAAAUUCUCAUAGAACAUCAGAAGAGCUUUAAACCAAAAGGGGAAACAAGGUUUAAGUAACUAAAAUGGCCACUUAGUUUUUGUUUUUGCAUUCCCCGCCCCAGAAAUGUAAGUAGUUCAAGUUUGGGUUAUGGGAAUAUUAUUAGUGCCUUUACUAGAUCUCUUUCCUAGCAAAGUUUCUUUUUAGCUUAGCAUAGAUGUGUCUUAUCGCUAAUCAGGAAAAUCAGUUGACUUGGAACUAUAAACAAAAAUAAAACAAGAUAUCUAUGAACCUCACUGAAUCAGCCUAGAAAAGUUGACUUUGGAGGUGCCAAAGCACCUGCCAAGAUGCAGCCUGCACAACCUUCCAGGUUGUGAAUACCGUUGUACAGGAGUUUGCUGUGAACUUCAGCUACUGCAAACUUGAAAUUCUGAUGCGGUUUUCCAGGGUGGUAUUUUUUCAGAGUAUUGAAUCUACUAUGUAGUAAUUUAUAGCAUAGCCUUUUAUAUUAAAAUGUGAUAUUUUUUAAAAGAGCUCUCUGGUUCAAUUGGUGUCAUGAUGUGACUAUAUGAUCCGCUAACCUACCCCUGGGGCUCACAUUGUGCCAAAUUAAGCUGUGCACGUGUACGUGAGAAAAACAAAAAGCACAUGUGAAUGUGAAGUCUCUGACUCCGUUGCUUAUUGUUUUCAAAUUAGUCUAACAAUCCACUGAUGUACAUGCUUGAAAUGGUUCUGUUUACUUUCAAAGUUUGAGUUUUCCCGCUAGAGUUAGAAUGCUCAGUUUUCUCGGAUCACCUUAAGAAAAUCCAAAUACUCCUCUCUGAAAGUAAAUGGUGAACCCAGUCCCUUGACUGUGGGAGUGGCCAGACAUGUGCCUCUUUAAAUCCUUCGGAUUCGGCUUCCUCAGAUGGACUCCUGAUAAUUAGAGGAAAGCAGGCUUUUGAGAUGGGACAACUUGUAACUUUCUUCACCAUUUUGAGCUAAGGAUAUUGUCUCAGUCUCAGGAAGAACCUUUGUCCCAUUUCGGGUGUUUUUUAAGUAAAAAAUGGCUAAUGUGGAAUCUGGGGCUGGUCUUGGCCUGUAAUUAUAGCUUUAAACCCAAAUAAUAACAGCACAAGACUCUUAGAAUAGAACCCUCAAUGUCAGCUCUAUAUCAAAAUCAUAUUUGAACCAGAGCCCCUAUUUUAAUUGUGCUAUAAAGUCCCUUAACGAUUUCAAAUGCUUCUAACACCUAGUUAACAUUAUUCCUGAGCAACUUUUUUCCCACCUUACAGAGUUUUUAAAUCCAAAAUCUUAAAUUUUUAUGCUACAGCAAAAUGAAAUUAUCAACCAGCAGUUAAAAAUGUGUACUUAAAAACAGUUCACCAUUUUUGUGCAGAGUACAUGCCUAUUUGGUGGUAAGAUUCUUUUAAACUCUAAGGGCAGUUCAUCAGGGAAAAAAAUAAAUUUCAGUGCAUGUUAUAAAAAUGAUUUGCACUGUGCUAGUAAAAUGAGGUUUUCAUUUUUGUUUUAUGUUAUGUUUUAAAGACAAUUCUAAAUCAUUCCUCUGGAAAGCAAGACCUUAAACUCUUUAUCUAUGGGGGGCUUUUUCUUCUUUUAUGCAAAUAGACGGUCUUGCAUGGAGUGAAAAUUAUGCAACUAUAAUGUUAUAUAAAUAGUAUAUGAAAUUUGCUAAUAGUAUAAUUUAACAGGAAACUGAAAGAUAUGUGGCUCCUCUAUUCAGACUGAGUUUUAAGUUACCUAAUGUCAUAGUCAGAACCUAUUUUAGGUGGCCAUCAUCAUAAACUCUGUUUCCCGAUUAUAUCCAUCUGAAGACUGAGAAUCAAAUUAGUCUUUCCUUAAAACAGUACUGUAACAUGAAUGUAUUCAUCUCAGUCAACAGAACUUCAGUGCCCCCUCCAUGUGGAACUUCCAUGCUAAUUUGGCUUCAUCAGUAGUGUCUGCUCAGGUGAGACCUAGAACAAAAACAGCUGGAGUGAAAUGGAUCGCAGAGGUAGAGGUACCUGUUGAGGCAGAGCCCUGUGAGGAAGGAAGAGUUUUUCAAAGAACACAUGGACCAUAAUAACUCCACUAGCGUGGCUGCCCUCAGCAUCACACACCCAGUCUAAAGGAGCCCUUCCUGUUGCGGGAGCUCCUGCCUACAUUCAGCCCACCCUUUCCUGCCUGCUCACUCUUCCUCCCAAGUGCCUCAGCCUCAACCAUGCUCACUCUCCUCCCCUCCCCUCAGCCCAUCUUGGUGUGAACGCCUUUUCACAAACCAGACAUCACCAGCCACCUGCUGAUCGUCACCAGCAUUUACUUUCCCCAGUUACUUUUUCUUCAUUCAUGAGGAAUAUGACUUGUCCCAACUCCCUUGAAAUCCCUCAGUCAUCUAGGUAUAUUUUGGCUCACCUUUGCCCUCGAUCCCCUACCAGAAAUUCUGUAGCACCACAUGUGAUUGCGUCCAUCCCAUACUGUUCUGCCCUUUCCCCGCUGCCAGAAUAUCUUGUUCUCCUCUACCUCAUCCCCAAAGAGCCUAUAAACUCAGAGUUAUCCAACCAUUUUCAUGGAUUCACUCUCUGUUGUUCAGAAGUACUACUUCCAUAUUUUAAAUAAAUCAUAGAAGAGUUUUGCCUUCUAUCAAAGUAGGAAUCUUUAUAUUUAUACAUGAUAAGAAAUCGAACUAUUUCUACCAUGCAGAAAUUAGCAUUUAGCAGGAUUUUAAAGUGAUUGAAAUGCCAUCCUAACCUGGAUCUAUACUAGGUAGUAAAUACCUGCAUUAGUCCAAGUUAUUUGAAUGUAAAGUGAAAAUUCUCCAGCAGUCCAGACUAAUCUGUAACCGAUCAGUGGAACAGGAAAUUUCUGGCAUACAGCUGGGUGGUGUUUCUGACAUUGGUUUUAUGGGUGUCAUUUGGGCCUUGAAACUUACUUCCAACAGAAGGACAUGCGAUAAAUGGCGUUUAGGUGGUCCCAUUGGCUCACAGAAGCCCACUGGAUUUAUAAUAUAGAUAAAAUACCACAAAAUUGGCUACCUAAGGGUUUGAUCAAGCUUCCCGCGUUAGACUAAGCAUGUAACCCCUGUUCCCACCCUGUUUCUCGCUGGGGAAAAUGAGCUGUGAGAUGAAAAGGGAAUGCACUGCCUUCGUAGUCCUUAUUCCCCUGGUGGUACUUCCAGGAUAUCCAGACUAUCAUCCAGGAACCGGAAGCGCACAGAAGGGAAGAAGCCACAGCGCUUCCGGUCUGGCCAGUGCCUGCUUGGUGCAGUCUGUAGACGAACUCUGUCGGAUUUCUAACGCGGGGUGUGUUCAUCUGCAGACGGUUGUCUGACCUGAAGUCAAACCCCACCCUGUUUGAAAGUACAGAUUAAAAUAUUAUUAUCUGUGGUGGUAUCCGGGUGCCUUCCAUACCCAUUUGUGAACACCCCAACUUGAAAACAGAGUCCAAUAAAUACCUUUAUGGGCCCAGGAAUGAAUAUAUGCCUAGUUAAGAAAUGAGACUUGAAUAAAUAGAGCCUGAAGGGAUAGUUUUUAUUAAAUCCUAUGUUAUAAAAUGUUCCUUCUAGCUUUAAAUUAUGAGUGCACCACCAUGAGGUCCAGAGUUGAAAAAGAAGGAAUAUGAGGGUGGUGGGGGUGGGGGGGGAUGAAUACCUGAUUCUUUUAAAUGCUUGUGGAAAUCUUUGAAGUAAUGAAAUUCAUACUAUAGAAUGGCCGUUAGAACAAACACCCUAUUUUACAGCUCAUAGUACAUCAAAUAGUAGUAAGUCUAACUAUGAUAAAUGUAAUUUUGGGUAUACAAAUUUGCUAAACCAGUCUAUUUUCUUGCAUUCCUCAGUUUAAUCUCAUAAAAAAAAUCAAAAGGAGAGAGACUCUCUAGUCUUUAAUGCUAAACUAUUGUUUAUCAAUCCUGAUUAGCUUAAGUUCAUGCAUUAUGACACCUACGGAAUGAAACUGAUUAUACAUCUUCUUAAGUUAAUCAGUCUUUACAAAUUGUCGACUGAUUCCCAAAUCUGAUAAGGAAGGAUCAAAAUGUAGGAUCAAGGAAAUUCAUCAGUUGGGUAACCAAGAAAUUUCCUUUGUAACAUUGAGACUUGUUUUCUCCUUCCUCAAUUUCACUGAUUCUCUAAAAUAAAGGGAAAGAGUUCAAUGCUACCCUUGUUCACCAAGGGACAUCAUCCCAACUCUAUACCUAGUGCAGAUAUUCCCUUUAUAUGCAUAUAUAUCUUCCCUGGAAAGAAAAUACCAUUUUUUCCCUUCCUCUUUUCUCUUUUCACAUCUACUCUUGUCAAUCAGAUAAGGUAGACACAGAAAGCAAACCACAAGCCAGUUUGGCAUCUUCUCCAUGCUAAUAGAAUACUCACAGCCACAUGCACAGUUGGAGCAAGGUUACACAGAACCCUGUCAGGUCAGCUUGGAACAUGGCCUUGCUACUUGGAUUCGCUCCUUCAACCCUGAAAAUAACUUUCCUGGUCAUGGAAGAACUGGAUGUAUCCUUUAGCUUAUGAAAUAGGAUUUGAACUUGAAAUCUCUCUUUUUUAAAACAAACCUGAUUUUGCAGGGCAGCUACAUCAUGAAUGUAUAUAUUAAGACUUUGUAGCUGAAUUGCACACGAAAUCAGAUUGCCAACUUCUUAUCUUUCAAUUUUAGACAUCAUUUUAUCCUUGAGUUGUGAGUGAUAUAUGUAGCAUGCUGUGAAAUGUCUGUUAUAGUUCUUUACUUCAUCAGUAUUAACACAGUUAUCUCUGCGUUCCUCGGUACUUUUUACUCCAUGUAAUCAGAAGCUGUGAUGUUUUGCCUUCGUGGUCCUGUGCUUUGUUACUGUAAUUUUUUUCUUUUUUACGAAGCACGUGACUUUGGACUAAUGUGAGGCGGAUGACGUGAUCUUUAAGACUGCUAUAUAUCUAUCAGUCUCUUACUAUAUAAGGUUUUCAAUUAGAAUAAGCUUUUAUCAAAUAGAUCAUUGAUGCAAUUUAGGAUUCACACAAUUUUCAGUGUCAAAUGGCGAUCUUACAUUUAUGGUUUCAAUUCUGAAGACAACAAACUUGAUAAACAGCCACUUUAAACUUGUUCUGGCAAAUCAGACCCUGCUGUAGAUGUAGUCUAAGUUAGUUAACCAUAUAAGCCUUUCAACUAUUAUGCCCUCCACAUGAGUCAGCAGUUAAGAAAAGUAUAGAACCCAUGAAAGCUUUUCGUAUGUAUAACUAGGUUUUAUUUUUCUUAUGUUGCUGAUUUUACAAUUCUGACUAAAGCUGACCUCAAUGGAUCAGUUUAUGUGUAAUAUUCUAGUGCUUUAAAGCCUCUGUUUUUUUUUGGAGGGAUGGGUAAUAUUAUUUGAACAGCUACAGAAGGAACUGUUGGUGAGUCAAGGCAAACACAUUUGAAAUAAAGCAACUAUGUAUUAACAUGUUAACAAUUCAUAACUGCACUUUUUAUGACAUUUUGAAAAUCUAUUUAUAGGUACAGAACAAUGGGUUUUGUUAAACUGUAUCACAUUUAUACUUGCAGAAAUUUAUUUCAUUGUUAUUAGUAGGAAUUUUAUUGGUUCAAUAAAAUUGGCAAAACUGAA